GACUGUACAUCAUUGUGUACGUACGUGAAACUAGUGUACUCGGCCGACAUUCAUUCGAUCCUGUACUUCUUGCGUAGCACAAAUCAGUUGUUUGCUUGAAAAACACAGCUGUAUUUGUUAUUGUAUAAGCAGAAUGAGUAGGCCUAAUACAGAUUUACCGUUGUCUAUUCGUGUGUCGUCAAUUGAUGCACACUUUGAUUGCCCAGUAUGUAUGUGCUACUUCACCAAAGCAUGCCUAACCUCAUGUGGACAUCGCUUCUGUGAAAAUUGCAUUAAAGGUUGCAUAGACACCAGGCACAAGUGUCCAUGUUGCAAUACACGUCUGGAGCAUGCACAGUUAACACAUGAUCCUCAGUUUGAUAGUCUUGUGGCGAGUGUGCUAAAGGAGAGAAAAGCCGCAGAGCAGUCAUACUUCUCAGAUCUAAUCAAAGCAGCUCAUGAACAAGAGAACAGGGAACAUGCUAGAGAAAAAACACCUAUUGAAAUUGUCCUUCAAAAACACUUAAGCAGAAGCCUGGCCCAGCAUGAAGUGUUUUACCAGGAGAUUGAGAGUAGGUUAAAGCAGCAUAUAGCAACAGUUGAAAUGGAUAAGGAGACCCGCCUACAGAUGUUGCGAGAGCCAGGCACUCUCAGUGAAGAAGAGGUUGCUGUUAGAAUUGUUGAAAUUAAUGAAGAGUGUGACGCAUUACAACAAGUUUUGCAGACUGAACUAACAAACAGCACGCAGCUCAUUGUUGAUGCCUAUGAUAGGUUCCUGACAACCUCUCUUCCAGAGCCAUCGGUUUUGCCAGUCACUGUUCCCAUACGCUUCCUUGGAAAGGAGCUGAAAUUGAGAAAUCAAGUCUUACAACCCAUGACAAAGGUUGCUGAUAUUAAAACAGAAGUUAUAAAAGAAUUAGCUAGAAGAUGUGACAAUGUCCUGAGCUUCCCAGAUGAAGUAAAAUUUUUACUUCUUCGUCCAUUUACAAAAAACAAUGCUGAGAUAACAGAUGAUUUAUUGAUAGCAAUAGCCAAUCAAACAUCAGCACAUCGUGAUGUCAUAGUGAUGUCAUUUGAGUGUUGUCCUGUUCUGGAGGUUGAUGCUCAGCCAGGUAGUGAGAUUGUUAUAGUUGGUCCAGUCGUCUUAUCCAGUGAUGUACCCAAGAAAUGCUAUGCCAAGACUUACAACAAGGCUCAGCCUGAGAUGACUAACUACUACACUUGUGACCAAUGUAAAUUUAGUUGGAUAUGUGAGGUCUGUAGAGAAACUUGUCAUAAAAAUCACACAACUAAACCAAAGAUCAUCAACUAUACACCAACAUGGGCAUGUUGUUACUGCUUAAAGAAAUCCACUAUAAAAGGAAGGAUAAAUUUCAAUUUGUUGGAAGAAUACAUUUGAUGGAUUUUGGUUUGGCUUGGAUGGAUGGAUGGAUUUAUUCGGUGUAAACACCAAGGAUAACCCACGAAAGUCUACAGAAGACUUAUUUCCAGUGGUGUCCUUCUGGUGGUACACCGGGAGACAAUCCCCUACUCUUUUCCAAAUAACGUACUGCAUUCUUUAAUGUGCACACGUGCUAUAAAGUAUACAGGACGCACAGCUUAAACUUAUCAUCCAAAAGACGGUGCGCUAUCUUAACUUGCAUUUCAGCCCUCAACUGAUACACAAGGAGAGCAGCGAUGGGAAUUGAACCGGGGACCUAGAGCACUUCACGGUUCAGCGCACACACAGUGGCUACCAACAGUUUAGCCGACUGAGCUAAGCUCCUCUCUUUUGAUUUAAAGAUGUUAUUAUGCAAGAUAAGGGAAUAAAGAUUUUAUUUCGUCUACACACAGUCAAAGCUUUUAUCAUCAAAAUGUGUUUAUCUCUCAAAGGCCAAAAAUUGAGAUUACUAUACAGAGUUAUUAAAUACAGAAAUAAACUUUAAAUUUAAAAUCAAUUACUUUUGCUUUAAUAUCUUUUUUUUUUAUAGUCAUGUCACUAAUUUCUAAUUAUGCCUUAGUAAUAUGAGUAAUUUUACCAUGUCUUAACAAUAUCUUAUAUACCAAUUAUUUAAAUACAUUAAAUUAUUAAAAGAUAAUUGGCAUAUCAGACAAGUAGGCCAAAUUUAGUUAGUGCUUAUUGGUUUUCAAUACAAACUUCUACCAACAUGAACAUGGAUAAGACUGUGUCUUUUAAGACAAUUUAAAAAUUUAAAAAUUCAAUUUAAAAAUUGCUACUGGGUCAUGUACCAAAAAGUGCUUUGACCGUUUAAUACAUUUGAAAAUUAAAGUAUUCAUUUGGUUCCUUUCAUCCAAUUCUCCCUUAAUUUAAACAUGUUUUCUUGUAUUUUAUUUUUUAUUCAUUAUUUACCUUUCCUGACGAAUAUGUACCACCUGUUGAUGACUCUGUGCCAUUAUUAUUUUAUAAUCUAUCAUAUUUUUUUUUCAAAUUUUUUUUUAUCUGUAACCCCUCAUAUACAUUUCUGUAACAGUUCGAUAACUGAAAAGGCUUGUUAUGAAAACAUGUGCUUGUGCUUGUCAAAGAGGAUCGGUAUAAUACAAUUUGAGGUUAUGAAAAAUUAUGCUAAAGGGUCAUAUAUUCAUAACCUUAGCCGCAAUAUAUGUAAAAAAAAUUAAGAAGUGACAGUCAAUGAUGAAUCCCAUUAGGACCAUGUCAUAUUGUGUACAAAAUUCAGCCAAUAGGAGCAUCUAUAUGCUGAACAUUGUUUAGUGAAACAUUUGACAUGGUAAUUAAAUGUAAUGAUAUGUAGCAUAUAAUUCACUAUGCCAUCUUCUGAGAGUGUAGUCUACCCUAGUGGCUCAACUUUUAAGUCAAUGAUUUUUAACACAUAUUUUGAUGGUUAUAUUUUUAGUAUUGCCAUAUGAUUAAACUAUGAGUCAUUAUCCUUCACAUUUCCCUUUCUCAUCUCUCCUCAUUCUCUUGUUAUGACCUUCUCCCUUUCUCCUAAUUACUCUUUUCUCUGUCCUCCCAUUUGUUAUUGGUUUGUUAUCACCUCCAUUUUCUAAUUAUAAUAUUAAUAUUAUAAAAAGUUUAAUAACAUAAGGGCUAUAGCAUUUCACAUUGUGUAUGUCCAUAUUGUAAGGUAAAUAAAUCUAUUAAAAUUAUGCAAUGAUGCCUCCGAGAAUAAUUUAUAUUACACUGUACAAAACAAGCUGUGAUUGUUUAAUUAAAAAUUUUAAUUGAAAACAAACAAUACAAACAUAUUUUCAAAGCAUUAUUUAAUUUUCAUCACAAAUUUUCAAUGUUCACCAUUCUGUAAUUAGUGAGCCGAAUAUUAUAUUUAAUAUUAUUAUUAGUGAAGUUUGGUUUUGAUAAAGCCUUUAGAAUCCGGAAACAGCUGUCAAAGUGCUUGCUUUUACCUACGGUCAGUAGUUCCAAAUUGGCAAACAUGGGUAAUGUGCUACCUUCACUUUUCUCUGGGGAUCAUUCGUACAGUUCAAUGCAAAAUAAAGAGCAAUUCAUUCAGUACCAUAACAUCCUACUGGAAAACUAUUCUGGGUUGAGAAAAAAAAAAACACAGAAAAAAGUGCAUUGCCCAAGGACACCAGCAAAAGAAAUAGUAAAGUAAACAAUUUCUUUGAAAAAUAGUGAAAACUGAAUUGUUUAGCAACUCCCUGGUUUUAGUCAGUGUAUCUCAGCAAGUUGAUAACUUUUUAUUUAUUUUUAAUGACCAAUUCAGUGUUAUUUAGAAACUUAUUACUGUAGUAUUAUAUUGGAAAAAUACACCCUUUUUAAAGAUUUUACAAUAUAAAAAUGUACUUUGAUUUGACCUUUCUUAUAGAGGUAGGUCUGUAAUGGCAUGGGACAAGCUUUUCUUGACAAAAUCUUGAAUGUAAUGAUUUGUAAAUUCAGUGGCUUAAUUACUUUAACUCUUAAGCUGUGACACAGGACAGAUCUGAAAACUGAAAUCUAAAUGUCAUUUCAAAGCCUGCACCUUAAUUAUUAUAACUUAGUGUAAUCUGUACGUGUGUUCCUGGAGGGGUUACCCAGAGAGGUUGAAAGGGUAGAUUUGCAAAUUGCAAAAUGUAACCCAUGAUUUGAGGUAUUUCAGGCAGAAAGCAGGAUGAUAUAUUGUCAAAAACACUUCAGAGUGAAAAUACUUGGGAUAAGUAAUACCACAGUUUUGAGAACACUAUAUAAACCUUUAUAUUGGUUAGCUUUUACUGUUGCUAAUUAGGCCUACAUUAUUCUUAUUAAAUAUUCCUAUUAUAAUUACUUUUUGGUAUUAAUUUUAUUCUUCAAGACCAACCUACUUUAGGCUUGAGUUUAAAUUGCCUCCCUGACUUCUGAAUUCAUGCCUCCAUUUCGCAAAUAUACUAAAAUUUAUAAUACCCUACAAAAAGUCAACAAAAAAAACAUGCUUUACAUUAUUUCUCCUCAGGAAUUUUCUUUGUUUUCCAUUUUUAAUUGGUGUUGUAUUUAGGUUCCCAAGAGUAUAAGUAAACAUUGCCAGUAGGUCCUGAUAUUUAGAACUGGUUUCCAGGUUGUUCCCAAGAUUUUAUUUCUCAAUUAUGAUACCCCAUGCUAGUUGCUAUGUGAUAGGUGUCUGUCUCAAAAGUAUUUUAUUUCCAUAACUUUUCAUGAUAAAAAUAAUUUCAGUAUGUAAAAAUAACAAAUAUCUAAUAUAUAUGAAAAUAUAGUAUCAUGAAAUCUUAAUUGAUUUGCAUUUUUAAUAUCACUAGAAAAAAAAAUUCUGACAGUUACAUGCAAGAACCCUAGGAUUAUAAUGUAGAUUGUCACUCCAAUAGACAUAACAUCUAGAUAUAGACAUCAUUUAAAAUCCAGUUAGCAUGUGGAACUCCUAGAUAUAAAGUAUGUUCUUAAUCAUACAACUAAUGACAUACAGCUUGUCAAUAUGUUAUGGGGGAAAAAAACCAAAGGUAAACUUAGUCACUGAGUAGCUGUCUGGGAUGUACAUGUGUCCCCUAUGACAUUAUUAUUAGAUACUCGCCAGCAUUAAACCCAGAUUCACAACUAUUCAGUUACAAGUCUUGUACCUUAUUCAAACUAGCAUCACAUUGCGAUUGGCUGUAGCAAUUGUAACACCCAGUCGCAUAUCACAAUCGUGUGUAGAAGCUCACCAAUAGUAAUCGAUAUCGCAAUUGUUACCCGUUGCAAUUGGGUAUCUUUAUUACUCCAGAAUUCCACAGGCACUAAUUGGCUGAGGUCAGUUAACAUAGGCCUAUCCAACGGAAGCCUAGGCCCUAGAACUGUUUCACCUCCCGUUCCAAUGUUUUUGUGUUGUUCUGAAUGCGCUCGUUGAUUGCAAUCGGGACUAAUAAGUUUUGGAUUACUACCAAUUACCUCGCAACCUAUCGCAAUGAAGUGUAGUCUGAAUAGGGUGUAAAACUUUACUGCUCAGCCACAUUGUCUACAAUAUCUCACCCAAACAUGGAUUUUUGGCAACGACUAACCUAUAACUGGAAACAUUAUGUUGUGGUCGUGCUGUCUACCCACCAGUGGGGGUGCCAAAAGGAGUCUUAAGGUUAAGGUUCUCAUAAAUGAUCCAAUUUUUUCAACAAGAGGUCCAAAAUGUCCUACAGGGGGUCCAUACACACCUCAGUCCAAUAUGGUUGGAGAAACUAUUGAAUUCACAGAAAUUCUUUUUCAAAGCAGUGUUUCCUGAUAAAAUGAUUGGCAUCGUCUCCCAUGGAGGGUUCAGGGUUCCACUGCAUUGCCACUGCUAUCCACAAGUCAAUACAAUUCAUAUUCAUCACGUUUGGCACCUAUAGAAAAUGACAAAUUUUCCUGUCAUAUUCCAGUUACUGCAGCUGUGACCUUUGUGAAUACUCCUUGUUGUUUAAUUGAGUCCUAGAAACUUCAGAAUCUGGACAAAAGUUCUAAGUGUCUUUGCAUGGCCAUGCCAAUGAACUUAGAUGGUUUUCAUGUGCCCUUGUUUAGAUUUUGAACUUUUAUUUCAUGGAAUGGAUUUGAGUCAUUUGGGAAUUCAAUGUUAAUAAUUAACAUCAGUUUAGAACUCAUGAUUCUAUGGUGUUGAUUGUAUGUUUUUAGAGUAUGAAAAUGUUGAAUUUUGUCUUAAAUUUCAUACAAAUUAUUUCCAUAUUAAAAAAAUAAAUGUUAUGAUUUAUAAUACAUAAAUAAAUGUUAUGAUUUAUAAUACAAUAAUGUGCCCUUGUUUAGAUUUUGAAGUUUUAUUUCAUGGAAUGGAUUUGAGUCAUUUGGGAAUUCAAUGUUAAUAAUUAACAUCAGUUUAGAACUCAUGGUUCUAUGGUGUUGAUUGUAUGUUUUUUAGAGUAUGAAAAUGUUGAAUUUGUCUUAAAUUUCAUACAAAUUAUUUCCAUAUUAAAAAAAUUAAUGUUAUGAUUUAUAAUACAUUAAUCAACAUUUAAUGCCUAAUUAUAUUUUGAUAUCUUUAAUUUAGCAAUAAAAUAUUCCACAAAAUAUCACACUACACAUUUAAAUCUUGAAUGGUCAAUACAUAUUCCUGAUUUGUCACUAGUUAAUAUGGAAAUAUGGAAAAAAUAUUGAUAGCUACCAUGCAGUGGCGAAGCCUGGCGGCCCUUUAGGGCCCCAGUCUCAGGGGGAUGGGGCAAAGGCCCUGUGGGUGUUUGGCAGUGAAGCCCCCCCCCCCAGCCGCUCCAGCAUUUUUAGCGUUCAAUGACACAUUUUAAUGCCUCUUUUAUGCAUUUGAAUUCUGAGUUUAUGUACAGUAUUGUGAUUUGACAUAAAAAGGCAUACUUAAUUUUAACUCAGAUUUGAAAAAAAAAGAUUAUUCAAAUUUGCUGGCGGCUUCUUGAGGCUGCAGGGCCCCUGGCAGCUCAUAGCCAUUAUGCCACAGUUACUAUGAUUAUAACAAAUUGCGGAUGGCCAUUACUGUGACCUACUGUAUAUAAUUGGUCCACAUAUGUGAUUGUGCAGGAUACACAGAUUCAUAAUCGGCUUGUGAUAAUAUUGAUUUGAACAAAGAUUGUAAAAAUAAAUCUUUGUCACCAUUAUUCAUAUUUGACCUGUUUUUUGGCUAGUUUUGAUGUCUAAUUUUCCUGGGAGUUAUAACUGACCCCCCUUCAGGCAGCUUCCAUCCGUUGUCCCAGUUUUAUUCCCAACUGUUUGGUAUGCUCUAGUUGAUGUGACUCGCUGUUACGGUCUGGUGAGUGUAAGAGAGUGACAGGUACAGAGGUGCUAAACGAAAAGAGGGUACUUUAAUUUGAUGCUAUAGGGAUUGCCUUGAAGUGUCAGGAAAAACAUUAGAUAUUUACACAAGAUACAUUGAUUAUUCAUUAUUGAAUUAUGUUAGUUAGGAACAUCAGAUAAGGAAUAUCAUAUAAUUUAAUUGAAGGGGAUUUCGGGAGGCCAUGAAAGCUAGAGAAAAAAAUUGUUUUGAUAUGUUGUACUGAUUUUUCUAAGACAAGUAAAGAGUGUUUGACAAAAACUUACUAAAAAACUGGUGGAAAAGGUGGAAAAAUAGUUGUUACGUCCCUUUUUCCUCAGUUUUUAAAUAUUCAAAACCCUUUUCCAAAAAUCAGUUGUACAAUUUAUUUUCUUCUGGAGCCUGACUUUAAUACUUUGAAUAACAUAUUUCAAUUUAGUUUUUUAAUACCGUAAUAAAAAUAGCAUGAUCCAAGUGCAGGGCUAUAUAUCCCCGGGAAGGGUGGUUGACUACUAAAGUUCAGGGUACCAUCUUUCUCUGUGGAGGGUGUAGCACCAUGAGAUGGUGGGAUGAUGCUAAGGCACAGGUAGUCAAAAUGCGGCCCUCAGUGUUAAAUCAAAAAUUCACUUUGGCCAUCAGACCGAUUUUAUGCCCACCUAAGGUGUGCUAAACAUGUGUGCUCAACUUUUAGCAAAUUCUUCUGUAUUACCUUUUUUCAAUUAUUGCAGUACUGUAUGGUCCAAUUGCACAGCUGCACACCUUAAUUCACUCCAGGUUUUACUAAAUAGACUAGCCAGAAUUAUUUUGCAUGCUGAUAUUAG